CCGACAGCGAACCAUGGAUGAGCUAAGCGAAGCGGAGCUUCGCUACUACAACGAUUUGUUCAAAAUCUGCAGCGAAACGGAUAGUGGCGGCAAGGUUCCGGCACUAAAGGCCACCUCCCUGUUCCGGUCGGCCAAUCUUUCCAACGAGACCAUAAACAAGAUUACGUCCCUGGUAGGCAUUCCACAGACGGCGCUCUACCUUUCGCGGCAACAGUUUUACGGUUGUCUGAAGCUCAUUGCCGCCUAUCAGGCAUCGGUGCCGCUGCGGGAGGAAAUAUUGACCACCUCGCUUAACCUGCCACUGCCACAGUUCAGCUGGAUUGAUCCGGUGGUGGGCCCACCGUCGGCCACCUCUACUUCUGAUCCCGUGGUUAGCAAUGCCACCGCAGGUGGAGUCGCCAGUUCGGGUGCAACGGAACGAAAUGGCUUCGUCGAAGGAAAACAUCAUCGCCCCGGAGGGAGCAACAUCACUGCCGUGAAGCAUCUGCCUCUGGUUCCGUCGAGCGGUGGCAGCGGAUCGGCCCAGCAGCAGGACAGUAGUGCUUCGACUGGAGGUGAGCUGACGAAUUCCGACCAACCGAGCACCGACUCGGAGGUGGAGCACAAUGACGAUGGGAGCGGAAGUGGGAGUAUGAUCCGCGGCGAUCGCGAACGUCACACGGUUGGCAUGCUGAAGGGAGGCGGUGUGGUCAUGGUCGGUGGAACGCACCCGGCGGUUGGUGGCGGAGGUGGUGGUGGUGCCGGGGGUUCACCGGAAGCGUGGAGCACUGCGAGUGACAGCCCAACACCGACCAACAGCGUGGCGGAGCGUCCGUGGGCUAAUCAAAACCUGUGGCAGGGUCUGGUGUGCGAAGAGCAACGGCAGCUGCUUGGUACGGAAGAGGAAUCGUCCGACCGGCACAGUAGCGACGACGACGAACAGGAAAUCGAUCUCGAGUACUUCUACCAGAUUUCGCAAACUCAGAAAGACUACUAUCUGAAGCAGUUCCGCACAAUACAGCCGGACAUUCAUGGGCUGGUCAGUGGACCGGUGGCUAGGGUGUUUUUCGAAAAAUCACGCAUCCCCAUCGAUGAACUGCGACACAUCUGGCAGAUGUGUGAUGUAACACGCGACGGUGCCCUCAAUCUGGCCGAGUUCACGGCGGCUAUGCAUCUGGUGGUGCUUCGGAGAAACAACAUACCGGUUCCUGCCACGUUACCGCCCUGUCUGUUGCCCACACUUCUGCAACACUCGCUUCUACAACCGAGCACCAGUGGAUCAAAGGGAGCCGGCCCUGCAGAGGUAUCUGCAACCACCGUGAGCGGAGGCAGCAACGGUACCGCCACCGUCCCGGAACGAACCGAGCCGGCCGAAGCCGAUCUGCUACAUCUGGAAAGUGAUGACAAUCUUGAGAGCGGUAGCAAACGGAAACGGGUGGUAACGAAGAGCUCCCGGCGGAUGGUACCGGUUCCGGACUCAUUGGCGUUCGCCAAGAUCGGAGGAAGCGGUUCGGCGGGAGUGGUACCGGUGCCACAAGAUAGCCCACCGUGCUCGGUGUCCUCAAGCGCAACCGGAUCCGGAUCGGUUGCCCUCGCAACCAAGGGAAGCGGUAGUAGCAGCGGGAGCAGUGGCAGUGGUAGUAGCGGUAGCGGUCCGGUUAACACAGGAGGAAGCUCGACGACGGGCGGUCGAAAAACGCCACCAAACAUGUCGCCCCCGGUAUUGGCACAGCAGCCUCCGCCUCCCCAACCACUGCCCGCUGCUACAAAGGGAAAACAAUCGGAACAUCCCGUAACACCACCGAACGAGAAGAACCUAAAGAAAUGGGAGGAGUGGACCAAGUUUAUGGAAUCUCCCACAUCGAACGUUUCUAGUCCCGGCCCGAAGCCGGUCAACUUUGAUCUGCAACGUACGACGCAGGCGAUCGUAUCCGAUCCGCAAAUCUUGCAUCCCGUUCCGUUGCGCGUGACGCCCGUGGGUGCUGAAGCGGUCGACAAUGGUAGUCUAGUCUAUUCCGAUGCCAACCACGGUCUGUUGGCUGUCCAGUCGACGGAUGAGUCGAGUCCCAAGCAGAAUGUUCAAUCGCAACCGCAACACCAGCAACACCAUUCGACGCUGCAACAGCAACGGGAUUCUCUGACCAACAGCAGUGAUCUGCGUGCCAUCCAAAGACCGCAAUCGAAGAAGCCUCCCUCGAAGGGCGUCGGAGCGAUUCCUCCUCCGCCGCAGCGCGAAUCCGGAAGCAACGCGCUGGUGGCGAAUGACACCUCCAUGACCAUAUCAUUAGAUGCGGCCGGGUUUGCGGUUGCCACUGCGCCAGCGCCGCUAACAAAGAAAUCGUCCGUCGAUCAACAACAGCCUCCGCCUCCGUUGCCGCCGCCACGUCCAUCCGCUCAUCGGCACACGCGCAGCAGCAGUCUCGAUUUGAACAAACUGAAGCUUGGCACGGGCGCCAGUGUGGCCCCGCUGAAGAUGCCACCACCACCGGAGAUUCCACCGAGGGUGGUAACUCCACCAACGGCCGAUCAGCCACCGGCUGGCACCACCAAUCACGCGUUUGCUGAUUUCACACACUUUCCGACCGGCUCAAUUGGCCAUCGUGGAGCAACUGCGGCGACGGGUGAAGCGAGCAACAUAACAACCAUCCACUUGGAUGCCGCCGGCAAUAUGACGCACCAUUCCACACCCCAUCGCGGAUCGGGGACGCUCCCAAAGUCGCUUGUAAUGCAUACUCCACGUCAGAGCGCGUUCGAGGUGUACCGAAAACCGCUGACCGCGGACAGUGCUCGCACGGUGAGGGGCUCUCAGUCGCCUCCCCAGCAACCGCCGCUAGUCACGUCGCGCAGCGUGGAAUCGUCGGCAGUGGUCAACAGUAGCAGCGCAGUUCCGCAGGGUGACUAUGACAAGCGAAUUUCGGCACUCAGUGAUAGUUUGCGCCAGGUGCGUUUCAAAAGUAACGACCCUCCGCCAGUUAUGGCGGACGCACUGAAGCAGCUGAAGGAACAGAACCUGCUGCUGUUGCGGGUAUGCAACGAUCUGAGCGAGGAGCUGCUGCACAUUCAGCAGAAACGCGAGGACAUUCGCAUCAAAAUUGAGCUGCAGGAGCAAAUACUGGGCGGUGGCAAUGCACUGGUGACGGCUGCCACUGGUCCCUCGUCGCUACCGACUUCGGCAACACAUCACCUUUCACACCAUCACGCAAAUCUAUGAACGAAGUUCGCAAAUUAGACGCACCGCAAGCUGACUCGGUGAAACCGUCGAUCACUCGUUUACGACAUUUACGGUCCUCGUUUUGUAUACUCAAAGUGGCAAAAGCCGUCUCUGGAAGACGAUAGCAGUAAGUAUUCUCUUUACAGUCUCGAAAAACCAAGACUAACUCAGUGUCCGAAGAUAUAGUAUAUGAACAACGCUUGACACUGUCCCCGUUCCGUUAGAUAGGAGUAGGGUUUUUUUGUUGUUGAGAUAUUGUAAAAUAUUUUCAAACAGAUUUUGGUGCCCAAUGACCCAGUUUUCGGUUGUUACUAUUUCUUAUUCAUAAUUCUUUGUUGUUUUCGCGCAUGGUGGCCACAAUAGUCAUUUUUUCAUUGUUAUACGAGCAAGCCGUUAUUAUUUUGUGGUGGAAUUCAACACCAACAACCAUUUGUUUGUGUUCGUUGAGCGAUUGGUUCUAAAAUAUCGAAUCUGCUUCCAUGAACGGCUCUCGAAUUAAACACUCCUCGCCGUACGACUCUCUACAGAUUAAGUUAAAGUAGUGGUAGCGCAAUAAAAUUAAGCAAAACCACGCGGAAAUUUGAUUGAGGUCAAAUCGGAGUACACAAGCUUCAAAGGAAACGAGAGAACUAUAGUGAAGAGGAAAACAUUGAAGCAUCGCUUUGUAUAUUGUGUGUUUUGAAAUCGCCGAUGGGUGUGUAACUUAAUGGGUGCUAACAAUACGGCCCGUCUCGAACGGUUGAAUGGACCCGAAAGGACAGUUAGUGCCGACUGGCUGGUUGCAGAAUGGCGCAUGUUUCGAUGGCGUUCGAACGAAAAAAUGCUUGGGCUCUAACGUGGAAAUAACUGUUUACAAUAUUUUAAAAUGUAUUUAACUGCAAAGUUGUUAAAUAUCGCAUGGCCCGAUGAAGCACAAUAAAACUCUAGAUAUGGUAAAAUAAUGAUAACUAUAAAUGAAACGUUACAACAGAAUUUACUUUAAGUACCAUCGAAGCAGUGGAAGGCACACGUAGCAGAAAUAGAUCGUCAACUGAAUCAUCUGAAUUCACGGGCACUGAUGAUUAACACUGUGUACAAGAAAGCAACAAAGCGCCCACGAAACCGGUGUAAAGAGAAUAUAUUUCGAUGAUUACUUCAUCCGCUGCACGCACGCUAACUAUCUUCGGCGGAGUGCUAAAGAAUUGUUAGAAUCUCGCCUGAAACCCUUAAUAAUCUAUUUUAAUGCUGUAUAGAUGACAUAAACUAAACAAACUAACAAAACCAAACAGCUACAGUAACAAAACAAACGUAAGCUCCGCUCAUCGUCCCGAUUUCAUAUGAAACACUACUGCACAACACCUACGUAGGGGCAACUGCGUUUUCCAGUGUGACAGACGAAUGGAAAUGCUACACAGAUAAUAAUCACGACAAAAUAUCUUCACAAGUCGUUGUUAACGAUUGUUAGAAUACAGGGCUAACGAACCACUUGAUAUUUCAAAUAGCAUCAAUCGGCGUAACGGAGCAUAAGCAGCACAUCCUUUCUCACCGUAUAUUUCGACCGAAUGGCAGCGGAAACUAUAACGUGUAGAAAGCCAACGGUUGACGCAGCGUUGCGCCAUAGCCCGGUGCUAAGGAAUGAAUAGUAAACCAAUAAUUAUUUUAGUAAGAAAAAUGAACAAUAUUUGCUACAGUGCAAGAGAAACUUAUUUAGCAAAGACAAUGCCAAGCAAAGAACUAUUUUCCUAACGCGUUACUAUACCUGGGUGGAGUAUUGUCGAUCAAAUAUUGGAAUUCGAAUGCACUAAUUUAAUCUUCUGCCCAGUCUGUCAACGAUCAAGUGUUCUCGUACAAAUGUAGAGCGUGUGAUUUUUUAUGUUUCAAUUACGUACGCACAUGUGCAUGAGUAUUGUUUCAAUCCGGCCCACGUAUUGAGGAUCGCCGUUGCCCUCGACGAUCACGGUGUUAAAUUACGUUUGACAUGGCAUAUUGGAAAACAUCCACAGCAAGUAUUGUAAUUGUUUUCAGCAAAACGUAACGAACGUGAAACUGUGACAAAGAAACUGAAACAUGUGUCAUUCUAAAAGCAAA